CAAUUACUUUAGUUUCAGUUUCAAUUAGUGCGCCAGGGAAUUUGAGAGAUUAAACAACAAAAUUUAAAUGAAUAAAACAAAAUUUAAUUAAAAAUUUAUUAAAUCCAAAACUAAGUGACUAGUGUCUGAGAGUGCGUGUGUGUGUCUGAAUAUAAAUUUGUAAAUUCUCUAAUCUAAGUUUUUAACUCAGCAUUUUGAUUUUAAUGUUGUUUUUAAUUGCUUGAGUUUGUUGUUUUUUUUUUUUUAAUGGCUAAAACUGAAAUACCGACAAAUUUCGAUGGCAUUGCUGAUACGGUUGCAAUUAAUAAAACACCCCCAUUAUGGGGCUCUGCCAGAUUGACCUAUACCAUUUGUGCCUUUUUGGCCAUGGUCGUUCAGUUGUGUUUACGAAAUACCCUAAAUUUUGUUAUUUUGUGUAUGGUGAAGCACCAACCAAGAGAAGUUGAAAAUUCCACAGAUUAUAGUGUUAAUGCCGAUGAUAACAGUUGUGGUCCCAUUGACAGUGGAAAUGGGACAACAAUUGAAAGAUCUGGCACUCUAUUAUGGUCACGGUCUCAAGAAUUCGCCUUAUUGGGCACAUUCUAUUAUGGCUAUCUAGUAACACUGCCAGUAGCUGGGCGAUUGGCGGAUAAGUUUGGCGGUAAGCUCUUAUUUGUACACUCCAUAACAGCUCAAGCAAUUAUCUUCAUGCUAAUACCAUUUUUUGCUCAAAGAAGCUAUAUGGGAGCAGUGGUAAUACGCAUAUUACAAGGUCUAAUAGCGGGUUGUGGCAAUCCUGCCCUCUAUCAAUUAUUCUCUACAUGGGCUCAUCCCAAUGAACGCACUGCCUUUUUAUCCUUCGCUUAUGGUGGCUAUUCUGUGGGCGCUUUAUUAGUAUUUCCUAUAUCGAGCUUCUUGUGCAAAUUUGGCUGGGAAUUGGCUUUUUAUGCUGUCGGUAGUGUUUCUUUAAUAUUUGGCAUUUGUUGCCAGUGGCUGGUGUUCAGCAGCUUAGAAGAUCAUCCUCGUUUGUCGAAGGAUGAGUAUGAUUAUUUGAAAGCAAAUCAUAUAGAAAAAUCUACCACCGGAGUGCCCUGGAAAUCGAUUUUAACCUCAGUGCCAGUGUAUGCUUUUAUAUUUACACAUAUUUUUCAUACUUAUGGUGUCAUGGUUUUUACACUCUUGAUACCGAGAUUUUUUAAUGAAGCCAUGGGUUUGCCAUUGGAUUUGGUGGGUUUAAUAUCGUCAGCUCCAUUUUUGGGAGCCUUUAUAUCAAAAGCAGUUACCAUUACUUCCUGCACCAUUAUAGAAAAAAGGCCAAAUUUAAAUCUUACACUAUACAGACGCAUUGUGUAUAUAAUUUGUAAUUGUUUCACCAUACUCUUUAUCUUGGGCAUGAUAAUAUCCAACUGUCAUCAACGUGUUAUGGUAGUUUUAUUUACAGUUUGUAUUGGUAUUACCACAGAUAUGGGAUUUUCUGGUGUCUAUUGGCCUAGUCUACUGUAUGUAGCACCAGCAUUUGCAGGCCUUAUAACAGGUAUAGCCAAUUGUUUGGCUACAGCAAGUGGAUUUUUGGCACCUCUAGGAAUAUCUACAAUAGUGCGUCAUGGCACCAAAGUUGAAUGGAAUUUGGUUAUGGCCUCCUUAAUGACCGCUUAUCUUUUGGGUGCUAUUGUUUAUGGUCUUUUUGGCAGUUCAAAAUUGGCCAAAUGGGGUCAGGUCACAAAAUUAGAAAGUAAUAAUAACAGAAAUAACCCACAGGAAACAACAGAGACUUAAAUGUAGCUAUUGAAUUUUGUAAAUAUGUACUUGUAAAAUUUUUUUUAUAUGUAUUUUGUUAUUGUUGUUUUAUUAAGUAGUAUAUGUAAAAAAAAAAA